AUGCUGAAGUGUAAAACAAUUCUCUGCAGAAAGUAGUGUUACUCUAGUGUCUCUGCAGCUAUUGCAAGCUCAAUCAAGCAAGCAAAAUCAUGGUCAUUACAGGCCCUCUACUGGCUCAGCCUAUCAUCAAACCUCAACCAGAGGAUAGUGAAAUUACAAAGGCUUUCAACACACUGAAACAAGUUGGCUCUGGGAGCGAUACUGCAUACUUAAACAAGCAGACGCAUUCCUUCGGAAAUGACUAUUCUCGACCAAAGACUUACGACAUACCUAUGGACAAAUCGUGGAAGUAUUUGAGCACCUAUACUGAUGUUUUUGCCACUGUCCCACAGCAGAACAAUUACUAUGACCCUAAUAUUCAAGCAUACCCAGUGGACAACGAGAACAUAAUCCAAACCACAUCAUCGAACAACUUCAUCCCUCAAAAAGAUGCAAGCAACAUUUUCAAUCCGUUUGAAAAGGAUACUUUUUCUUUUGAUAACACCAUCCCAGGCAAACUCGAUUUUGAUUUGUCAGCGCUAUUGGCGAAUCCUUUUCUUAAACAAGAAGCUGCACCUGAUUAUUUAAUUCCUGAUCAGCCACUUCAGUUCAGUUACGGAAACUCUGCACCAGUCGAGAAUGAAAACAUUACUGACAAUUCCACUGGAAUUUGGGGAGAAGCUGUUUCCAAAGAAUCUUCGAUGGAUGUGUUUCAGAAUACCGAAAAACAAGUUGAUCCGUUCGUCAAUGACUUCCGGAUGCAGCCUAGAUUGUAUCCAGCCCCGUCCACCGAUAGUUUGCUGACUGACACCUCCGGACAAAGCAGUCCAGUAAGCGCUGCUACAGUAUCUUCACCAAUGAACCAAGACUCGCCCUGGGAGGAGAAUAACUUACAACAACUUUGGGGCUCUUCUUUGAACCUCGAUAUGGACCUUUUUCUUCCGCCACCUCCGAAAAGAAUUAACGAUUCUCCUGAACCAGUGACGAUGAUGUCUCCGCAGUAUCCCUCUUCUCCAGAAACUAGUUACGAAGCUCCAUCUCCGAGUUCUACUGACAACGAUGAUUAUGUAAAACCAAAACCAAAACAGAGUCCAUCUGCAGAGCAAACGAAAACAAAGAGCACAAUUUUGUUUGGAAAGCAUGAAGAUGACAUUAUACACAAGCUGCUGGUACCCAACCUUUCCACUCCAAGCAAGCCCACUUCUCGUAGUAAAUUGAUCUCAAUGCCUGUCGAAGAGUUCAACCAUCUGUUGGACCUAGCUAAACUGAACGAUAUUGAGGUGGCAUUUAUGAAAGAGUGGCGUCGGCGAGGAAAGAACAAGACCGCUGCUCAAGUCGCUCGAAAGAGAAAGAGAGAAGAAGUGGGUGGUCUUGAAUCGGAAGUAGAGGUUAUGAGACAACAGAAGACAGAACUGCACACGCGGUACGAUCAACUUCGAUCGCAAAUAAAGUCUCUCAAGGAGAGGAGUUUAGCAGCCGAGAGAAGGGUGUACAAAAAAUACAGUCGUAGCUCUGGACAGUCAGUGUCACGUGACACACAUCUCAUUCAUGUUGCCCAAGGCAACAAAUUGUUGCUUGUUCCCAAGAUCAAUUCUCAGAUUAUUUCUGUCAAUUAGCGUUGUCAUUAAGCAAUGUUUUAACCCUCAUGUUCAAUUUGUCCUCUUUGUGUUUAUCUAUAGUCUGCAUGGCAGCAUCGUUCUGUUAUGUUUGACAGAAUAAAAAAGUGAUUUUCAACA